CCUGCCGGCCUACCCGACUGCACCGAGACAGCCGAACACCUUCGGGGGCGUUGCCGAAGCGGCCGCUUCCCGCCCCCGCGCGGUCCUUCUACCAGCGCCUCGCGGCGGCUCGCCAGUCUAUCCGCUGUUCCUCGAGAGGCUGUGGCACUUGCCUUUGACCUCUGACCAGAGUCGAGUCUCAGAAGCCUCGAGAGCGGCGGCGCUGGGAACUCGGCUCACUGGAGGCCAGACGUUUGCUCGCGGCCAUCUGUCAUCAGGGAGACAAUGCAAUACUUACACAUGUAAUAUCCAAGAUACUUCACUUAAGAUUGUGGUCUCGAGGUUCAUCUGUUUACCUCGAAAUGCUUCAUUUAUCCUCCCUUAUGGCUGAGUAGUAUUCCACUGGAGAUGCUGUUUGCUGCUAAUGGGUGUGAGCAAGUUAGAUGUUCUCUACCGGAGACUUCUCCUCACAAAACUUUUUAUUAGAGGCUGGGGAAGGCCAGAGGAUCUCAAAAGACUUUUUGAAUUCAGAAAGAUGAUUGGAAACCGAGAAAGAUGCCAGAAUCUGGUUUCAAGCGAUUAUCCAGUAUAUAUUGAUAAGAUUGAAGAGCAGUCAGACUGUAAGAUCCUAGAUGGACACUUUGUUUCCCCAAUGGCCCAUUAUGUACCUAAUAUCAUGCCAGUUGAAUCUGUUAUUGCAAGGUUCCAAUUUAUUGUGCCUAAAGAGUGGAAAAGCAAAUACAGACCUGUGUGCAUUCAUCUUGCUGGAACAGGAGAUCAUCAUUACUGGAGGCGACGGACACUAAUGGCCCGUCCAAUGAUUAAAGAAGCCCGAAUGGCUUCACUGUUGUUAGAAAACCCUUAUUAUGGCUGCAGGAAGCCCAAGGACCAACUAAGGUCCAGCUUAAAAAAUGUGUCUGAUCUUUUUGUGAUGGGAGGAGCUCUUGUUUUAGAAUCUGCAGCUCUCUUGCACUGGCUAGAGAGGGAAGGUUAUGGACCUCUAGGAAUGACCGGAAUAUCCAUGGGAGGACACAUGGCCUCCUUAGCAGUAUCCAACUGGCCUAAGCCCAUGCCAUUGAUUCCAUGUCUGUCUUGGUCCACAGCAUCUGGAGUGUUUACUACGGGUGUACUGAGUAAAUCGGUGAAUUGGAGGGAACUGGAGAGGCAAUACUACACAGAGACAGUUUAUGAAGAAGAAAUUAUUCACAUGCUUGAAUACUGUGGAACAGAUUCUUUCAAAAUGGGACAAGAGUUUGUGAAACGCUUCCCUAGCAGUGCAGACAAGUUGGUUUCCAGGAGUUUAAAUUUAGAUAUGACAAACCAGGUUGUGUCCCAACAACCUGCUGAGUGCCAAACUUCUAGUAAAACAUCUAUCAGUGCGACAUCAGAAGGACUCUUACUGCAAGAUGCCUCUAAGCUAGACUGCCUGAAUCAAACACUUGCAACCAACAAAAGUAAUUACACAAGUUACCGCCCUCAGUCAUACCAGGUCCUUAGCCAAGAACAAAGAAGAAACAAUCUUCAAAAAGAAUCUUUAAUAUUUAUGAAAGGAGUCAUGGAUGAAUGUACUCAUGUAGCAAAUUUCUCAGUUCCAGUUGACCCAAGCCUCAUUAUAGUGGUGCAAGCCAAGGAAGAUGCCUAUAUUCCACGAACAGGAGUUCGAAGUCUACAAGAAAUUUGGCCCGGUUGUGAAAUCCGCUAUCUAGAAGGGGGUCACAUUAGUGCUUACCUUUUUAAACAAGGGAUCUUCAGACAAGCCAUCUAUGAUGCAUUUGAACGCUUCCUUCAUAAAUACGCUAACUGACAGGAUUGCUGUAUUACAGUAAAGCCAGGAGCAGCCAUCGUGUUUCUUAGAAAAGGAAUUUUUGGACUAGGGAGAUAGCUCAGUGGCAUAUGCACCUGCCUGACAAGUGCAAGGUCCUGAGUCAAUCCCUGGUAACAAAAAGAAAAAAAAAAAAAAAAAGAAAGAAAAAAGGAAAGAAGAAAAAAGGAGUUUUCAUCCUGUGAUGAUGUGAAGAACCAGCAAACAGCAUUAUAGAUCUCAUUUCUACCAGUGUAAUCUGUAAUUCAGUGUUACACAUCAGUUAUAAACUUUAAAUACACUUCAAUACUUUCAAAACAAUAUUUCAAUUAAAUAAUUUGAAGUAUUUUGCUAUUUUGUGGGAAUCCCAUUAUUCAAUAUCUAGUCUGUUAUUAUAUUCAUGAAAACAUUUUAAAUUGAGUAAUUUAUUUAAAAUAAUUUUAUUCAUAGAAUAAACCCUCUUGGUUUUUAAUGGAAUUUCUAAAACAAAGAACAUUGUAAUAUAUCAGCCUGUACUGUGUAUACCCUUAUGACGUUUCUGCAAACUUGUGAGAAAUAUAGGUAUUUGGGAGGGGGGAUGCAUGGUGAAUUUAUAGUCUUGUUUUCAAUUGUAGUUAAUUUUCUGCUGUAGAAUUACUUAUGUGUAAAAUGUCUGUUAAGUUUGUAUUCUAAACAUGCUGACAGCUUUGUAGAUAAGUACUUUUAGUAAUUAAAAUGAAUGUUGAACUAUAGAUAAAAUCAG